ACGGCUCGGAUAUUCGUUCACCAAUCAUACGUCAGCCUGGUCUUGAAUAAACGCGGCUAUGCUACAUCUCAUUACUAGAUCCUGUCUUGAUUGAGAGGGGGAUGUCUUCAUGCUCCUUUACCUGAGUUGACUGCGCCGGAAGGAGUCUGACCACCUCCACCGGAGAUGAUUAGGAGUCCGCCAUCACUGACAGUUCUUGGUCGAUCACAAGAGACAGAGAAGGGAAUCUCGACAUUGGCCUGCUCGCAUUUUACCUGUUGAAAUCCUUUAGGAGGCUAUUACAGAAUGAGGCCAUGCUCCGUGCCGAGGAUAUCCUGAGCUUCGUGAAGAUCGGUAAUUCACUGGGAAGACAUAAGUAGGGGAGAAAGCCCAGUGACCUCACUAACCAUCAUUACGUUCACUUGAAUACAUCCAAUCUCUUCUCCCACCCUACUUGUGACCGCCUUAACGCAUUCAUCACCACCGCAGACAUGAAUGACUCAAAGCUGUCACCAACCAAAACCAUAAGGGGUGUUCUGUGGGAGGGCAUCAACCGCGAGGUCAGGGUGACAGACUUCCCACGGCCCAAGAUCCAGGCACCGGAAGAUGCCAUCGUCCGCAUCACGUCGACGACGAUAUGCGGAUCGGAUCUGCACAUCUACCACGGCAUUCUCGGCUUCACCGAGUCCGACAAGCCGUACGGCCUGGGCCACGAAGCCGUGGGCAUCGUCGAGGAAGUCGGCGACGCAGUCGACUACUUCAAGGUGGGCGAUCGCGUGCUCGUCGUCGCGCUCGCCGAGGACGGCCGGCUCCGGGACAAGCCGACCAUCCUGCCCGUGCUCGACGGCACGCGCCAGACGUACGGCAGCGGCCCGCUGACUGGGUUGACCGAGGGCCUACAGGCCACGCACGCGCGCGUUCCCUGGGCCGACAGCUCGCUGGUCAAGAUCCCCGACAAGUACGACGACCGGGAGUGGCUGCCGCUGUGCGACGCGUGGCCAACGGCGUGGACGGGGCUGAGUUGGUCCGGCUUCGAGCCGGGCGACGACGUGGCCGUGUUCGGCGCGGGCGGCGUGGGCUUGCUGGUCGCCUACAGCGCCAUCAUCCGCGGGGCGUCGCUGGUCUACGUCAUCGACUACGUCCCCUCGCGGCUGGCCAAGGCGGCCGCUAUCGGGGCGAUCCCCAUCAACUUUGCGCGCGGCGGCGGCAGCGCGUCGGAGCAGAUCCUGCGCCUCAACCCCGCGGGCGUCAAGCGCACCGUCGACGCCGUCGGCACCGAGUGCCUCAACGCCGAGCUCAAGCCGCAGCAGGACUUUGUAUUCCAGGAGGCCAUCAAGAUCACGCGCGGCGGCGGGGGGCUGGGUAUCAUCGGCGUCUACGUGCCCGAGACCCCCGCCAACCCGGCCCCCGGGCUGGAGCACCUCAGCCCCUUUGUGCAGCUGCCGAUCGGCCAGCUCAUGUUCAAGGAGAUGCAGAUCCGGUCCGGGCUCGUAGAGUUCAAGACGUCGAUCCCGGCCCUGGUCAACCUCGUGCUGAAUGGCCGGGCGAGACCGGGGUUCAUCUUCUCGGUCGAGGCGGACCUCGAGGAUGCGCCCCGCGCGUACAGGAAGUUUGAGCGAAGGGAGGAGGUCCGGAUCCUGCUCAAGCCCGAGCAGCCGCCUCAGGGCGGAGAUGGCAGGGCCGGAGCCGGGCUGGGAAUUGGAAUGGGAACGGGAAUGGGAAUGGUAGGCGCCCCGCCGCCAGGUUUGUACGACAUGAAGAGGUAUUGA